CUCAGAUGACGCGGCUGGGGCUUGCACUGCCUUGCUUGCUGCGGCUGCUCAGGCUCACAACUUGGAAGCUGAAGGAGUCAACCAACUAGCAGCCUGUUGCAAUGAAAAUGCAUGGCAUAAACCGAGACCGACAUGUUAUACAUCUUCAUUGUCUGUGGAUUGUGGGCUGUGUUGCCUCCUACUCCCUGCCCUCUGGCCCUGUCUCCAUCUCUUCCCCUGUUGGAAGCCAAGCCAUCCUUCCUUGCAAAUGGAAGUCCCAGCUAGACAACGUCACAGUUUGCCACGUCCAAUGGCAGACACCCGAUGCGCCCGUGUUUGAGCAGAACGGGGAGCAACGGUGGCAGGCCAGCGAGUUUGAGGGGCGGCUGGAGGUACCUGGGGAAAAGCUUUGGGAGGGCGACUGCUCUCUGAUCUUGCGCGACGUGCAGUUUGGGGAUGUGGGGCUUUACGAGAGCUUCAUGGUGGUUGACAGGACAAGGAGGGAAAGGCGGGUGUUCAUCCAGAGUGUCCAACUCUCAGUCUAUGACCAUAAGUCCAAGCUGUCAAUGGGCAUGGGUGAAGACCUGGUCCUGAAGCUCCACACUCCACAGGCCAUGAGAGUGGUCUUCCAAGGGAGGAACAGCACAGAGUGGAAGGUCCUGUGGAUGAGGGGUGACGAGAAGGUCAACAGGGGUCGUCUUGAGGAGGCUGAAGGGGUGGUGGUCCUCAGAGGGUUAAGGAUGGACAACUCUGGGACUUAUAAAGUGCUGGAUUCCCAUGGGCUUUCGGUGAGCACUGUGCAACUCACAGUGGAAGAAGUUGCUAAAACUCAAAAGAUUAUCCACAUCCAGGACAAACCUGUAGGUAAAUCGACUGUUUACAGGUCCUCCUCUCUGCUCAUUGUUUUUGUCCUGCUGAUCAGUCCUCUGAUUCAACAUCUCUAACAAGGUUUAAACCUUUUGGGCUAGUUUCCCAGAACCAAAUAAACAAACCCCUAUACUAAAACGCACUUUCAUCCAUUGAAAGUGAUUUUUGGUCUAUAGGCAUAGAGGGAAGACAUACUGGUCCGAUGGUUGUCUGAAAGCAGUAUG